AUCAGCAGCAAGUCGGUGGUCGCUGAAGUUCAACUUCUGAAUUGCUCCACCCAUUUUCAUCAGGCAGCUGCUUUAUGUAGAACGGUCGAUUGUAUCCUUUUUUUCCCCUCACUUGCAAAGACUCGCGAGUAUACCUACCUCUUGUAAUAGCGUGUUCUGAGAAGACCGGAGCUGUCUAAGUGGCUCUCACAGUCACCAACCUGUUUGCCUUCAUUGGUAUACAUUGUGCUGUAGAGGUAUAGACACAGAUCAAUCAAAUUUACAGUGACCAUCACAGAGGAAUAGUUAUUGAUAUUGUGCGAUUUUGAUUGAUCAAGGGGAAUAGUUCAUUCUGGAUUUUCGUUAGUUGGUUUUCUCAGUUUGCCGAAGCGGCUCGACUGACAGUUGUAGUCUGGAUUGUAAAGAUUUUGCCAAUCAAGCAUUGCACUGAGAUCCACACAAUAUGCAGAAGGCCAAAAAGUACGAGUGGCAAGACACAAAUCUUGCCCUUUUUGGGUCGCAGACAGAAAAAGAUGUGAAGAAAGAAGCGGCAGAAACAGAACCAGCAUGGAAGGGAUGUGGCCAGAAAGUCGGUCUCCAGAUCUGGAGGAUUGUAAAGUUUAAGGUGGAACACUGGAACAAGGAAGAUUAUGGAGAUUUCUUUGAUGGUGACUCCUACAUCAUUCUAAACACCUUUAAAGAGGAAGACAGCGAGGAGUUGAAUUACGAUGUACAUUUCUGGAUAGGCAAGCAUUCAACGCAGGAUGAGUAUGGGACGGCAGCAUACAAGACGGUGGAGUUGGACACGUACCUUGAUGAUAAACCAGUACAACACAGAGAAGUGAUGAAUAAAGAGUCAGACCUCUUUAAGACUUAUUUCAAGAGAUUGACGUAUAUGAAUGGUGGUGCUGAUAGUGGUUUCAGGCAUGUCAAACCAGAAGAGUACCCACCCAGACUACUCCACUGUCACAUGGAAGGCAAGGGAAGGAAAGCAUGUCUCAAAAUAAAUGAGGAAAGGAAAGUGUCCAAAAAAUGCCUGAGGUCAGAUGAUGUCUACUUUUUGGACGGUGGAACAAAGAUGUUUAUGUGGUGUGGUUCUAGUAGUAAACAUGAUGAAAGGUUUAAGGCAGCACAAGAGUUCCAGAGUAUGACCGCCAAGAGGCCGCGUGCCGUCAAGGAGAGCCUUGACGAAGAUGAAAUCUCACCCGACCAUCCAUUCUGGGAUUUCUUCACUGAUGAUGAUGAUGAUGACGAUAGUGGAGAUGACGUCGAUGCUGAUGAGGACGCCGACGACAGCAAGACAUUUGAAAGUGUGCUCUUCAGACUCUCCAAUUCAUCCGGUGUGUUAGAUUUCACAGAGGUUUCCAAGGGAAACAACAUCUGCAGAUCAGAUCUUGAUUCCAAUGAUGUCUUUAUCCUAGACACAGGCAUGGACUGCUUUGUAUGGGCUGGUAAAGACGCAGACAAGGAAGAGAAGAACAAUGGCAUUCCCUAUGCCACGGAGUACCUGAAGAAAACCCUGCACAGGAAUGCACCGAUCAGCAGCCUGAAAGAAGGAUCAAAAUGCAAAAAAUUCACGGAACUUAUAGGUCGUUAAAUCGGUUUGUCUCCCUCUGUAGUGUCAAAUAAGAAACACUAGUCAACCCCUUUGGAUAAAGCCAAGUACAUACUUGUAAUAUUUGAUUAUUGAAAUGAACAGUAGCCCAUCAUAUGCCUUAAUGUCAUGGGUAAGAUGUCAUUGAUUGGGUAACAUACGGCAGCUGUCAUAUAGAGGAAAUUCAAUGAAAAAAGGGUUAAUUAUUAUUUGUUAGCCAGAAGUCACAUUGUAAGGUGUCUGCAUAGAUGUUACAGCAUUUCAUGGCUUUAAUUCACAAAGACAAGUUUUCACACGAAAAAGAUAUUAUCGAUACUUCAUGAUGAAGAUGACUGUCCCGUAACAAAAGAUAAUCAAGAAAAAAUUAUUACAGUCCAAAUCAGAUUUUUUGUGGCUAUCUGAACUUGAAUUUGAAGUAAAUUACAAUUUGAGAGUUAUUUCAUAGUCAUUUUUUGAGGAAUAAAUUUCAAUAUUAGAGAUGAUGCAUUUGUGCUACCAUUGAUGCGAUAUCUGCCGUUUUCCAUGAAAACCUUGAGUUUAAUUUGCUUUUGAGCACUUGGAUCAUGCUAAUUUUCACUGACAGUGAAGUUACCACCAAUGGUAAUAUGUAUGCAGUGGAACUAAGAAUUAUCUUAUGAAAAUUAAUGACAAUGAAAAGAAACUUACACAUAUUUGUCCCCUGAACCUUUGUUUGAAAAGUAAAUUAUAUAGUUUCUGACCAUACUGUACAAAUUUCUUGAUUUCUGUAUGAGAAAAACUUAAAUUUAUGUUCACAUUUUGUGAUAUGUAUGAGGAAUUUAAUAACUAUUUUCUAUUUUGAUUGAUAAGAACUUUUAAAGUUUUCAUCUUCUUUUUUUUUGUAGACAUCUUUGAAACUGUAAAUUGGUUGUUUCUAUUAUUUUUUUUCUUCUAUAGAGUUUUCAUUUGUGAUGAGUGUCGUUAAUUGAUGUUAUUAUUUUUUAAUGUAAAUAGUUAUAUAUUUGCAUGAGCUUUCUUCAGUUAAUUUGCCCCGGGUCCUGUUUCACAAAACUUGUGAUCAGUAACAGGUGCUACAAUUCAAUAAUAGGUUAGCUAUCAGCCAAUCAGAUGGCUGGAUUUCAGUAGCUUACAACAUCAGCCUCUAAUGUGCCAUUGGUGACAGGAAUUAUGACACGUCGGGGCCUAGAUGUAUUUCAUCCAUUUAAUCAUUGUACAAUAUUGGAUUUGUGAACGUCUUGUUGUAAAAUAGGAUCAUUAUAGGUACACAGAUAUAUUCAAAGCAGCAAUAUUCGUGCCCAUUUUCAUCCUUGACAAUUACUAUUCAAAUGUUCAUGAAAGUUGGCUCCACGUAGUGUGCUGGUACUUACUAUAGACUUACAUAUAUUAGUGCAACUACAACACACAUACAUCUUGUAGUGUUUAAAAUCGAAGCACUAAAUUGUUUCAAUUUUCUAUUUUGAUUGAUAAGAACUUUUAAAGUUUCCAUCUUCUUUUUUUUUGUAGACAUCUUUGAAACUGUAAAUUGUUUCAAUUUAGUGAUCGUAUCUGUCUGCGUAAUGUCAUUAAAGACCAUGACGCGAUUUCAGGGUUAGCAACUAAAAGAUAGCCAUAAUGAAGGUCUUGUCUAUCUUUUCAUAUUUAAUUUUUUGAAGUAUUGAUACCCAUGUCAAAAUACAAGCAGUCAUCUAUACUAACUAACAGAGGUGGGAGCUCAAGAUCUGGCCACAUCAGACCAAAAGAGGUUAAAAGGUGGCAGUUGCUGCUACCCUGUUGGUGUUUUAAGGGAUAGAGCUAUAUCGAUCUGGUGCUGCUCAGUGGCUGCCUGGCCCGCAAAUAAUUGGGCCAAAUGGAUUUUCAGAGGGUAUUUCUGAUUAAACAAUAAAAUAUGGAUUUUAAUUUUUUGGAUUUUCUUUUUUCAUAUACAAUACUGGUUCUUGAAAGUCUUAAGGUUUCAAGACAGAACCAAUAAACGAUUGAUUAAUGCUGUAAUUUCUCCAUUCCGUCAUAAAAGCCAUCACUAUAGUACGCUUUGUAGUAUAUAUUGAUGCCAGAUUCCAGGCAAAAAAUGUAAUUUUGCAUGUAGCAAAAUGUGUUUUUUGGUAAUUCUAGUUUGUAUAUAAUAUAAAAUUUUGUUCUCUCUAUUGAAUGAGGAAAGAGGCAAAAGGCUUUGACUUUGAGAGAAUUUUACUCAAAAACUAUACAAUACUAACGUAUGAAAAUUGAACUUUCAAGCAAUUUAUCACCAAGGCAAUUAGUCAAUGUGAUUUUAUAGGCAAGGUUGAUUUAGAAAAAGCUGAUCGUAUGGGCAUUGUUGAUACAUAUGCUAGCAUUCCUUCUUUAUUUUCUGACAAAAUUCUGAAAUAUCUGACAAAUAUAUUCUGGACCAAUUAUAUUGAAUUAUUCUGUAGAUAGAUUAAGAAUUUUUUAUUGGUGUUUUGAGUUAAAAUCAUGGCUGUAAUAUGAAGGUAAUACUGUGCAUGAUACAGUAUGGUGUCUGCAAAAUCAAUUCCUAAAAGGAAAAGGGAUAUUGUAUCUCUUUCAAAUAUGUAAUGGAAAAAAUAUACAUUUCUGUGUAUAGUGCAUGAGUUGAGAUAAAAGUUCGUAUGAAUGUAGCACAAAUGAAAUUAUAAAUCAAACGUGCAUGUCCUUCCCAUACAUAAAAUAUUCAAAAUCUGAUACAGUGUACUCAUUAUGUGUAGGUCUAUACGCAAUCAUGAUUACCAUUGUUGAACAUUAUAAUUCUUUCGGACAAAAUUGUCUUUCACUCUUAUAAGAUAACUUUAUUUAAGAGGAAACUAGUUCCUGUGAAAAUAAAGCGAACAUUUACAUUGUGGAAUUGUUUAUAAGUAGAGAUUAUUUGUAACAUAAUUUGUAAAGUUAAAAACUUUUUUAUGCUGUGUGAAUAUUUAAUAUACUCCAGUAUUCAAAUAUUGUGACAUAAGUUCCAGAUUUAGACAAAUUUCCAAAGUUCACUGUUUAUGAAGUGCCAUGUGCAGACUUCUCCAAAUUUUAGUUUAAGUUGCUAUUAUUUUUGUGCAUAGUUUUGAGCAAGAUGCAUUAUAUACUAGAAGAUUAAUAAUAAAAAAAAGACCUGUGUCAUCCAAGCUCGUCUGUUUCGAUACACUUUCCUGAUAUACAUGCCCGGCAUAGAAGCUCUCACUGUAGUAAAUGUAAAUAUGAAGAUUAUUAUUUUAAUUCUUUCAAUUUUUUUAAAUAAUAAUCUAGAUAUUAGGCCUUCCCCCCCCCCCCAUCCCUAUUAAAUCUUUUAAAAAUAAAAAUAUUUCAAAGAUACAAGUCUUUUUUUAAGGGUAAUAAGUACUACUGCCACUUCUAUAUUAGAGCAAGUUGGAGUUCAUAUUUAGUUGAUUUUAUAUCAUUCAGCUUCUCAAAGUUUGUUUCGCUCAUUUCAUGAUCUUGUUUCCCCAUUAUGCUUGCUCUGUGUUGUGUAUUUGCACAACUUUUUGCCACAAAUAAGUUUCAUAUUCCCAAUUAUCAAAAAUUGUAAUAUCAAAAUUUAUCUGCUGCAUUAAUGUGUAACAUUAAUUUGAGCUUGAAUAUAUAUAUAUUUGAAAGCACAGGCUUGAACUGUCCAUGGGCAAGCACAACUACAGAUAUAUCGGUCUCGAGAUAUAGGCCUUGGCAAGGAAUCAUUUUAAAAGAGAUGUCAUAAAUUGUUCUUCGAUUUCAGAAAAGAUAGUAUGCUUAAUUUGAAUACAUCUAACUUAUUGAAGAAUAAGGAACUAUAUCGCAGCUUUUACCAUUAUUACAUUUUGAAUAAUUUUAACAUGAUUAUGGCAAUAAAGGAACAAUAAUAUAAAGUGACUUAUCAUGUUAUCUUGGAAUCAUGUGUUGUUAUGAUUAUAUUAUAUAUAUUAUAUAGUAAGUUGGGAACAAAUAAUAUGUACAAGUCACAUUCAAUUAUUGAUUAAAUGUAAUACAGAAGUGUAAUUAAAUAAAAAUAAGUACACAGCCUAUCAUAA